CAUAAGACAGUGAGAAGUGGGGCGCUGCGAGGGUCGAACUAAUCAAUUCCUCGUGCCGGUGGUCGUAGCCAUGGCGCUCUCAGUGGUAGUGGCUGCAGCCGCGACGGGAGGAGCAGGAAUUCGGUGCAAUUCCCUCGAUCUUGGUGCAGGGUUGAUGUGCCAUCGGAGCAGGUGGAAAGGGAGCGCGGGAGCUGUCGGUGCUAGUAAAGCGAGCCAUGGUUGGGAUUGUAUUGUGGGUAAUGUGACAAAGUCUAAGGUAAGCAGAAGGGCUGUAGCAGUGGGAGUCUCGGCCGGGACAGCAGCGUUGAUCGCUGGUGCAGUUGCAGCAGCUGGAGCACUGGCGGUUGCGUCCAUGGGAGGAAGAGAGCGCCCGUCGCAGCAGGCGAUUUUAGUUACUAGAAGGGGAAUGCAGCUCUUUGAGCAGGGUAAAGUAAAGGAGUCGGUCGAAAAGUUCGACGAAGCCAUGGAGCUGGAUCCUCGACAAAGGCCAUAUCUUUGGCAACGAGGGCUCUCUUUAUAUUACUUGGACAGGUUUGAGGAUGGAGCAGCUCAAUUUCGAGAAGAUGUUGCUGUAAACCCCAACGACACCGAGGAGGCUAUUUGGACGUUUUUGUGUGAGGCCAAACUGUAUGGUGCUGAGGAAGCACGGAGAAAGUUUUUGAUGGUUGGUACAGACAGUCGUCCAGUUAUGAGAAAGAUUUACGAAGUUUUCAGGGAUGGAAGACCAGUAGAGGAGAUUUUGCAAUCUGUGAGUAGCACAGGAGGAGCGGACUUCUUCUAUGCCAGCUUGUAUACGGGACUGUACCACGAAGUUUAUGACAACACAGAUGCUGCCCGAGAAGCAAUGGUAGCUGCCGUGCGGAGCCCUUACGGAUCAAGGUCAGGUGACUAUAUGGCAACUCUCGCUAAAGUGCACUGCCUCUGCCGGAACUGGGAGCUCGAAACGUCCUCGAACGCCUGACAAGUAGAGCUUUUACUGCUGUCAUUAAACUGGAAUUGAGCUGGUCAACUACUGGGAUGGAUUUCUCCACCAUAACUCUGAGUUUAAAUGCUAGUGCUAUACAUCCGUAGUUGUGUAGUACAUUGUUUUAAUAGCGAAAAUCUGGGGUGCAUCCAUUCUCGGCUGGUGUAAAGUGUACUCAAUAAAGAUUCAGUGCAGUGCUACUACAGACAUGCACUGAAAGAGCUUGUCACGUC